UAGUAAACAAAUAUAAAACGAGCACCGCGGUGUUUGCGAAGAGCAGCUGAUCCACCUUUAUCUCAGCUCAAGAUUCACAUGCUAGUAUCGUGUCGCGCGAGAAUUCCGUCCGCUACCCCAUUCACGUUCUUCUUUAGGCCAAUAAAAAUUUCAGCUUUCCUCCCCAAUUGAUCUUAACGUCUUUCUUUCGGCCUUCGAAAGUCGUCGCUUGGAAGGGGGAGGGCCGAAAGGAAAGAGAUGGCCGGAAAAUCGCGAAAGCUUGCGGCUUUUUGGCUGCUCUUGUUCGCCGCCGCGAUUCCGUCCGAGCUGGUGAUAGCUGUUAAACCAUUCCCUCAGGUGGGUUCCGAGUCAAAGAUACUUAAGGAGUCAAUUGUGGAAACGGUCAACGGGAACCCUGCUGCAGGAUGGAAAGCUGCCAUCAAUUCUCGCUUCUCCAAUUACACAGUUAGCCAAUUCAAAUACAUUCUUGGCGUAAAAAAGACACCUCGCAGUUUCGUAGACAAUAUUCCUGUGAAAACUUAUUCCAAUACUUUGAAGUUGCCUAAAGAAUUUGAUGCUAGAAAGACUUGGUCUCAAUGCAGCACUAUUGGGAGAAUACUCGAUCAGGGGCAUUGUGGUUCGUGUUGGGCUUUCGGUGCUGUGGAGGCUUUAUCUGAUCGCUUCUGCAUUCAGUUUGGCUUGAAUAUAUCUCUCUCUGCUAAUGACCUUUUAGCAUGUUGCGGGUUUCUAUGCGGGGAUGGUUGCGAUGGUGGAUAUCCUAUAUCUGCUUGGCGCUACUUUGUUCAACAUGGCGUUGUAACUGAGGAGUGCGACCCAUACUUUGAUCAGAUUGGCUGUGCUCAUCCGGGAUGCGAACCUGGAUAUCCGACUCCUGUGUGUGAGAAGAAGUGUCAUGUGAAAAACCUGCUUUGGGAAGAAAACAAGCGUUUCAGUGUCAACGCCUAUAGAAUAAGCUCUAAUGUUCAUUCUAUUAUGGCUGAGGUUUAUCAAAAUGGUCCUGUAGAGGUUGCAUUCACAGUCUAUGAGGAUUUUGCCCACUACAAAUCAGGUGUCUAUAGACACAUCACGGGUGAUGUCUUGGGUGGACAUGCUGUUAAGCUAAUCGGAUGGGGAACCAGCGAAGAAGGAGAUGAUUAUUGGCUACUUGCUAACCAGUGGAAUAGAGGCUGGGGUGAUGAUGGUUAUUUCAAGAUUUUAAGGGGGACAAAUGAAUGUGAGAUUGAAGAUGAUGUGGUUGCUGGGUUGCCUUCGGCCAAGAACUUGUUGAAGAACUUUGCAGAAAUGGAUGCAGCUACUGAUGCUUCUGCUUGAUUUCUCAGCAAUGUAUUGAUGAACUCUGCACCAUCCAUCUCUUGUAAUGUUUGAAGAACUUUAUAUCGCUUUUGUUUUAAACAUUGGUGAAUUCCAACCCGUCUGAACAUCAUGAAGGAUGUUUCCUGAAUUUCUGUAAAAUUUAUGUGAAUUAAAACGAUUGCCUGAUGAGAUUUCCUUUUGUUA